UUUUUUAAAAAGGUCAAUUUAUCUCUUCCCCUAAGUGGCCUGAGGUGACCUCUGAAAAUGGUUCGCUAUUCGCUUGACCCAGAAAACCCUACGAAAUCAUGUAAAUCAAGAGGUUCAAAUCUUCGUGUUCACUUUAAGAACGCACGUGAAACUGCCCAGGCCAUCAAGGGUAUGCAUAUCCAAAAACCCACCAAGCAUCUGAAAGACAUCACUUUACAGAAGCAUUGUGUGCCAUUCUGUCGCUAUAGUGGUGGAGUUGGUAGGUGUGCCCAGGCCGAACAGUGGGGCUGGGCACAGGGUCGGUGGCCCAAGAAGAGUGCUGAAUUUUUACUGCACAUGCUUAAAAAUGCAGAGAGUAAUGCUGAACUUAAGGGUUUAGAUGUUGAUUCUCUGGUCAUUGAGCACAUCCAGGUGAACAAAAUCCCCAAGAUGUGGCAUAGAACGUAUAGGGCUCAUGGUUGGAUUAACCCACACAUGAGCUCUCCCUGCCACAUUGAGAUGAUCCUUACUGAAAAAGAGCAGAUUGUUCCUAAAUCAGAAGAGGAGGUUGCACAGAAGUAAAAGAUAUCCCAGAAGAAACUGAAGAAACAAAAACUUAUGGUCCAGGAGUAAAUUCUGCACAGAAUAAAUGCAAAUAAAAAUAAAAAGAGGGGAAAAAAAAGGUCAAUUUAUCAGAAAGGUAUAAAAAUUUUAAAUGUCUGUGUACCUAAUAACAGAGCUGCAAUAGACAUGAAACAAAAAUGGACAGAUGAGAGGCAGAAACAGACAAUUCCAUCAUCAUAGAAGGAACUUAUAACAACCCUCUCUAAAUAAUUGAUAGAACAACUACAUAAAAUAUCAGCAAAGACAUAGAUGAUCAACCAUUAGUCACUCUGAUCUAAUUGAUAUUUAUAGGACAUACACCCACAAAUGCAAAAUACAUGUUCUUUCCAAGUGUACAGGGAAUAUUCAAUAGGAUAGAUUAAGUGCUGGGCCAUAAAACAAGUCUCAGUAAAUUUUUAAAAAUUAAAAUCAUAUAGGAUAUGUUCUUUGAUUUUAAAAAUGGAAUUAAGGGGCGCCUGGGUGACUCAGUUAAGUGUCUGACUCUUGAUCUCGGCUCAGGUCAUGAUCUCAAGUUCGUGAGAUUAAGCUCCAUGUCGGGCUCUGUGCUCAGUGUGAAGCCUGCUUAAGAUUCUCUCUCCCUCUCCCUCUGUCUCUCCCCACUGCUCCUGCUCUCUCUCUUUCUCUAAAAAAAAGUAAAUUAAAAAAAUUAAAAAAGGAAUUAAGUUAGCGAUCAAUUGAGAAUAAGAUAAUUAGGAAAUCCUCAAAUACUUGAAAUUAAGCAACCUCCUUCUAAAUAAUUCAUGAAUCAAAGAAGAAAUCACAAGGGGAAUUACAAAAUAUUUUGCCCUGAAUGUUAAUGAAAAUACAGUAUGUCAAACUUUGUGGGAUACAGGUAAGCAGUGGUUAGACGCCAAUUUACAACUUUAAAUGUUUACACUGGAAAAUAAAAAAAGACCUAAAAUUAAUUAUCUAAAUUCUCAUCUUAACAAGCUGGAAAAAGAAGAGCAACAAAAACCCAGUAUAAAUGGAAGAACAAAAUUAUGAAGAGCAAAAAUCAGUGAAAUAGAAAAUAGAGAAAAUCACUAAAAGCAAAAAACUAGUCUUUUCAAAUAAAAUUGGAUUAACCUCUAGCUAAGGUGAUCAAGACAAAUUACCAACAUCAAGAUUAAAGGAGGGUUUAUCAUUAUCCUUCAGACAUUUUAAAAGGAUAAUAAAGAACCUUAUGCUAAUAAACCUGGCAACUUAGAUGAAAUGGACAAAUUCCCUGAGACACACAAAUUACCAAAACUGACCCAAGAAAAUCUGGAGAAUUUGAAUAGCCCUGUAUCAAUUAUGAAAAUUAAAUUUAUAAUUAAAAACUUUCCCAUAAAGAAAACUAGAAGUUCAGAUGGCUUUGCUAGAGAAUUCUCUCAAACAUUAUGGAAGAAAUAAUACCAAUUCUACACAAAACUCUUUUUGGAAACGUCACAGGAGAUAACACUUUCUAGGCCAGCAUUACUCUGAUAUUCAAGCCAGACAAUCCUAUUACGAAAAAGAACAGAGCUUACUGACAUAGAUGUAAAAGUCCUUAAUAAGAUUUUACCAAAUCAAUUUCAACAACAUGUUUAAAGGAUAAUACAUCAUGAGCAAGUGGAGUUUAUCUCAGGAAUUUAAGGUUGGCUCAACAUCAAUCAAUGUACUUUAUUAUUUAUUACAUCAACAGAACAAAGUAGAUGGACCAUAUGAUCAUUUCAGUAAAUAUAGGAAGAACAUUUGAAAAUAUUCCAUACCCAUUGAAGAGAAAAAUACUCAGCAAACGAAGAAUAAAAGGAAACUUGUCAAGCCGGCCAAGGGCAGCUACUAAAAUUCAAGGCUAAAAUCAUACUCAUACUCAAAUCAUGAACGAGGCACAGAUGCCUGCGUUCAUCACUCCUAUUCACCAUUUACUUGAAGCCCCAGCUAGUACAAUAAAGUAAGAAAAAAUAAUAAAAGAUACGCAGUUUGGAAAAGAAAAAGUGAAACUCUUUCUGUUUCAGACAACAUGAUUUUUCAUGUAGAAAAUUCUAAGAGACUUACCAAAAAGCCACAAGAACUAAUAUGUGAAUUUAGCCAGAUCACAGGCUAUAUGGUCAACAUGAAAAAUUAAUUUUAUUUCUAUAAUUAGAAAUCAACAAUAAGAAAAAUGAAAUUAAGUAAACAACCCCACUAAAAAAGCUUAAAAAUAGAAUAAUGAAUAAAUUUAACAAAAUAAAGUCAAGACCUAUACACCAAAAACAGCAAACACUAUGAAGAGAAAUUAAGAGUUAAAUGGAUAGAUAUACAUGUUCAUGGAUUGCAAAAUAACAUUGUUAAGGGGGUAGUUCUUUGAUUAAUAGAUUCAGUACAUUUUCAAUCAAAAUUAUAGCAGGAUUUUUUGAAGAAAUUUAUGAGCUGAUUCUGAAAUUUGAAUGGAAAAGCAAAGGAGCUAAAAUAACCAAAAUAAUUUUGGAAAGGAAGGGCAAGGGUGGUCUUUUACUACCUGAUUGCAAGAUUUACCAUGAAACCACAAUAAUCCUGACAAGUGUGAUAUUUGUGUACUGAGAGAUCUAUAGACCAAUGGAACAAACUGGAGGAUCCAGACAUAGAACCAUACAUAUAUCUUUGACAGAGGUGCCAAAGUAAUUCAAUGAAGAAAGGAUCAUCAUUUCAAUAAAUCGUGUGGGAGCAAAUGGGUAUCUGAAUAGAAAGAAAACAAACUUCAGCACUCUUUUCCUCCACACAAAAAGGUUAACUUGAAGUGGACCGUAGACCUGAAUAGAUGAGCUAAAACUAUAAACUUCUGGAAGAAGACAGAGAGAAAACCAUGUGAUGUUGGGUCAGCCAAACAUUUCUUAGAUAAGACAGAAAAAGCAUGAACCAUAAAAAAAAAAAAAGCACAACAAAUAACGAUUACCUUCAUCAAUAUUAAAAAAUUUUGCCCAAAUGACACAGUUAAAAACAAACCAAGCAAAUGCAGAUCAGACUGAGGGAAAAUAUUUGCAAAUAAUUUAUUUGACAUUAUAUCCAGAAUAUAUUAACAUCUGUUUUAACUAAUAUUAGGAAGGCCAUCAACCCAAUUUUUAAACUGGCCAAAGAUUUGAAUAGACAUUUCAUAAAGGAAAAUGUAUUAAUGGCCAACAAGCACAUAAAAAAUGAUGAACAUCUGUACCCGAUGGGGAGCACGAAGUGUCACUACACAUCCACGAGAAUGGCUAAAAUUUGAAAUUCUGAAAAUAUUAAACACUGGCAAGGAUUUAGAACAGCUAUAAUUCACACAUUGCUGGUAGGAAUAUCACUUUGGAAAACUGUGCCAGUGUCUUAUAAAGAUAAACAUACACUCAUUAUAUGACCUGGCAAUCCUAUUGGUAACUAUUUAUCCAAGAAAAAUGAAAGUCCAUGUCCACACGAGAUUUGUAACCAAAUGUUCUUGAUAGCACUAAUCAUAACAGCCCAAAAUUGAAAAUAACCUAAAUGUCCAUUGACUGGGGAAUGGAUAAAUACUAUGGACCACUACUCUACUCAGUGAUAAAAAGGAACAAAAUAUGAUACACACAUGACAUGGAUGAAUUUCAACAAGAACAUGUUAAGCAAAAGAAGUCAAACAUGGGACUUCCGAGGAAGAUGGCAGAGUAGGAGGACCUUAAGCUCACCUCGUCUCACAGAUACAACUAGAUAACACACAUAUCCAUGUAAAAAGCCCAGAAAAUGACCCAAAGACUGGUAGAACAGACUCUCCCUAGCUAACCAGAGAGAAGAGGCAACAUCCAAGAGGGUAGGAAGGAGGGAGACAUGAUCGAGAGCCAAGUGGAGCUGUGGGACUGACCCGGGGAAGGGAGGGAUGUUUUGGGUGCAGAGAGGGAAGGGAGCAGACUCCCACCCUCGGGAUCCUAGGCACAGAGGACCAGCACAGGGUCCAACAUAACCACAUAACAUGUGGUUUUGGAAACCAGAGAUUGUAAAAUUGGACUUUAAAAAGAUCCAUUAUAUGUGUACUGACACUGAAUCUUGCCUUCAGAUGAUAAACUGACCCCUUCUCACCACUUCCACACCCAUCACCUUGGUCUAAGCCGCUGUCCCAUCUCCCUGAACUACCAUGGUGGCCUUUGAACUCUCUGCUCCUACGCUUGGUCCUCUGCAGUCUACUUGUCACAUGACAGGCAAAAAGGAUGCUUUUAAAAAAGGUUAAGUCAGAGCCCGCCACUCCACUGCUCAGAACCCUACUUCUGAGGUGCCCAACUCACUCAGGAAAAGAGCCCAAAGUACUGUUACCACAGCUGACAAGGCUCUAGGUGGUCAGGCCUGUCACUUCCUGCCAUUGUCUCUGCUCACAUAUUGGCUUCCCUGCUGGUUCUGAGUAUGUCCUGCAUACUUCUACACAAAGUCUUUGUUCUUGCCCUUACCCGUGCUCUGGGCUGCUCUUCUUCCAAGUACCCACAGCACUUAGAGACCUGACGUUUAAAUCUGGGCCAGAGUGAGUCCUGAUGUGGCAAGAAAGCAUCUCGGAGAUGAUGUUGCCAUCCCGAACUGCCCCAUGCCUCCCCGGUGUCUUAGGACUCUGUAUCUUUGGAGGUUUGAUACUAGGUGAGAUCUCUCAUUCUGGCGAAUCUGAUUUGACAAUACAACCCUUUGUGUUUCGUCUGUGGUGUUCAACAUAAUCUGAAAUUACUGAUUUACUUCUGUCUUAAAACUCCCUUCUGUCAUAAAAACACCUUGAAGGCAAGGUUUUAUGCUUUGUACAUCAGUGCAUCCUUAGCACCGAGAACAAAGCCUGACAUAUUCUGGUUCGAGGAGCUGCUCUACUGUUUCCUGUGGGCUGAGCAAUAUUCUGGUUAUAAUUACGGUUCUUACACUGUCUCUUCUUGCUCUUGCAAAACCUAGUAUCAGAAUAGUGGAAAAUUCAGGCUUGCAAAGCACUGCAGACAUACUUGAGAGAAGAGUUUUACAAUAGAUCUGAUUCAUGGGCUCAAAAAUUCCAAGUUUCCAGUAGUAAAAGUAAUUAAAAACUAUUGCAAGCUGGUAAUCAUUCAUCUAUCAAAAAAUUAUCAAGCAUUUACCACAUGCCAGGUACCAGGCAUUCAGAGACACAAGAACACUGAAAAAACUCCAUCCUAAUUUGGCUCAAGAUAGUUUCAAACACUUUAAAAUUGUGAACAUCAAAAAUUUAAAUACAUAGGCAUUUAAAUAUUUGAGAUUGUGUUCAGUCCCAUUCAUUUAACUAAAUGAAGAAACUCACCCACAAAUGAAUGUUCAGUUGCAUUUUCUGUGGUCAAUGAUUUAAUGUUAAAUUAAUAGUGGUGAGAAGCCUUUAUGAUUUCAACGUGUUCAAUAUUCCCUAGUAACCAGCUAAAACAAUGUAAUGAUUCUACUGAGUCAUUUCCUGCAUUUUUCAUCUUGGAUGAAAAAUAUCAUACCACACCAGACAUACCACAAGCCCCAGAGGUCCCAAAUCACAGUUUCUCAUUAUUUUUAAUUGGUUAAGUAUUCUCAGAAAUUUUUAUCUUUGAAACUUCAGAAAUGGCUGUCUAGUUAGUAGGGUAAAAUCUAUAUAAUCCACACACUUGUAAAGUGGCCGUGUCCAUCUGUCUGAACCAUAACUGCAUCAUCCUGGUUCCAGAUAAGCCCUGAGAUGUCACAGCAUUCAGAAUCCAACUGUGCCAAGCUUCUCAGAGAUUGGGAAAGGGUGAGGUAAUUAUGUUCUGGUUUUGAAGUAGCAGGUGAUGUGAAACAUUGUUGUCCGCUAUUUUUCCUGAGCACCCUGGCAUUGGAGAAGGUGGGAGAAGGUAGUAGAUCUGUUCUAAUUUGUGCUGAUGUUAGAUGCUGGAGUUAAAGAAUUGUAGACUGAUUGGGGCACCUGGGUGGCUCAGUCGGUUAGGCAGUGGACUCUUGAUUUUGGCUCAAGUCAUGAUCUCAGGGUCCUGGGAUCAAGCCCCGCCUCGGGCUCUGCGCAUUCAGUAGGGAGUCUGCUUGUCCCUCUCCCUCUGCUCCUCCUCCUGCUCUCUCUCUCAAAUAAAUAAAAUCUUUAAAUAUAAAAAAAUAAAAAAGAGCCGUAGACAAAGAGGUACUUUGGAGAUUACCUGGUGAUGGCUACCAGCCAUGACUUCCGAAUGGAAAUAGGUAAAUGGGGGGAGGGGUGUUGAGGGGAUUGUGUUGUACAAGGAAAAUAUCUGUAGUUAGAAGAAAAACACUAAAUGGUGCUAAAGCAGCGAUCAGCAGCAGGAAACAAAACCCAGGGAAAUCUAUAAAAGUGGUUUUCCCUCUCACAUAAAUACAUAGUAUUUAUGAAUAAAUGCAUUUCAUAAUUUUAUAUAAAACAGCCAUAACAGGAGAUUAAUACAAGUUUUUAUUUCAAAUUUUUAUUGUAUAUAAGAAAUAUAGGAAAUUUUUAAAGAGAUAGAGAAAAAUCCUUUCCAAUAAUACAUCACCUUAAUAUGACCAUUGUAAUAUUUUAGUGCACUUCCUUCCAUAUUAUUUUCCUGUGCAUGUUUUCAACAUGACUAUAAUCUUAUAGUUAGUUUAGCUGGAACCCCUUGACUUCUUCCCCCCACAAGAGGAUAAAAUAGGGAAAUUAAUGGCUUGACAGCCACCAAUUCCCUCAUAGCUCCAAGGUGUAGAAACUCACAGUUGGAAGGGACAUUAUCAAUUAUCUGGUUUAGCCACCUGUUGGUUCUUAGCAUCUCUGAUGGUCUAGCUGAGAGAUGAUUCAAACUUUUUUUUUGAUACUUAUAUUAAUAAGGGACUUCUAACCUGAAAGAAUCACAUAUCCUAAUUUUUGUACAACAGCCUCUGCAAUGUUUGUAGUAAAUAAAUUUUCUAAAGUAGGUGACUUUUUAAAUUUUCCAUUUGGGGGCGCCUGGGCGGCUCAGUUGGUUAAGCGUUGUACUCUUGAUUUAGGCUCAGGUUAUGAGCUCAGGGUCCUGGGAUUGAGCCCCUCGUCGAGCUCCGCACUGAGUGUGGAACCUGCUUAAGAUUCUCUUUCCCUCUCCCUCUGCCCCUCCUUGCUCAUGCUUGCUCUCUCUCAAAAAAAAAAAAAAAAAAAGAUUUUUCAUUUGUAAAGGUAAUUUUUUUUGGCAAAUGCCAAUGAAUUUUUGUUAUUAUUUUAUUCCAUCCAAGGUAGAGAAGUAUUUUCUAAAUUGUCCUGUUUUCAUUUUGAAACAUGAUUUAUGUCAAAAUUUGAAUAUGUUAUUUAGAGUCUAACUUGAAAUAUCUCAUAGCUUUUUUUUUUUUUUUUUUUUUUUACUACAAAUAGUUAAAAAAUGGUAUGUAUAUCUUAUUUGGUGACCUGGAACUAGUUGAAAUGUAGGUGCUUUAUAAACCAUCUUAACUACUGAUACUAUCUUGCGUUUGUGAAGCAUGAAAUGGUUCAAUUUAUUGACUGAGGGUUGUGUCAGUGGGGAGAAAUGAAUUUUCACUGCGUGUUUUAUUGCACCUACUCAGUGAGUUUGGCAUUAAAAUAAAUAAUGCUUUAAUGAGAAAACGGUUGGCCUGAUGAUUUCACUGUGGGAAUGGGGGUAAAGAACUCUGGGCCGUGGUCCUCUCAAAACACCUGACCCAAUGACAGACAAGGUGGGCACUUCACCUCCAGUGCCCGAUUCUGCAGAAGCAAAACAGAUUGAGAAAAUGGACUUUUGCCAAGGUGGAGUGAG